AGUACAAAACCAACUUGAACAACCAAAUCUCCAUCUGGAAUUAUGGGUUCAACGUUGAAACCAAUGUCUCUUCUUCCACAAACACUCAUCCUUGUAACCUUUUCCAAGAUUAUAAUCCUCCUAAAUGCAGAAACCAUUUCAGAUUAUAGUACCUUAAUAUACAAAAACUGCACAAGCCAAACAUUUGCAGAUUCAACCAAUUCUCACUCUGAAUCUCUUUCCUCCUUUUUCCAAGAACUCAUAACGAAAUCCUCCCAAGAAAAGUUCCACAAGACUACCACAGGUGAUGACAACACUGGAAUUUCAGGCCUCUUUCAAUGCAGAGGGGACCUAAGCAACAAUGAAUGCUACAAAUGCAUAACCUCACUUCCUGAAAUGUGUAAUACUUUGUGUAGCGAAGCUGUUUCUGCCCGGAUUCAGCUACAUGGCUGCUAUGUUCACUAUGAAGCUGAUGUGUUCAUGGAGGAAAGUUCCCAAUACGAGCUGCUUCACAAGAUUUGUGGGGCGAAAAAGGCUGAGGCUCUCGGGUUUGAAGAGGUGAGGGAUGCAGCAUUUGCAGCUGUGGAAAGUGGUGUGACAGAUGGAGAUGGAUAUUGUAAAGAAAAUUACGAGUUACUGCAGGUCAUUGCACAGUGUGAAGGGGAUCUGAGGCCUUGUGAUUGCGGCAAAUGUGUGAGUAUUGCAACUCAGAUUGCUCAAGAAGAGUGUGGCAGCUCACUUUCAGGCCAUAUUUAUUUGGACAACUGCUUUGUUAGCUAUGCUUACUACCCAGAUGGAAUACCAGACAACUUAAACCAAGGAAGAGAAGGUCGAAACAAUACAGGCAAAUUGUUAGCAAUUGUGUUGGGAGGGGCAGCAGCAUUGUUCAUUGGCUACAUAUUCUUGUUGUCUCUCAAGAAAUUAGGAAAGAAGGAUGAUGAUCACUGAAGAAGGGAAAUUAAU